GUGGCGCCGCCGCCAAUCAGCGCCGGGGGCUUUAACUCGGCGGCCAGUAGGAGGCGGGCGGGGGGCGGCCCCGCGUUGCGUCACGCGUUGCUAGGCAGCGGGACGCCGCGCGGAGCCAGAGCCAUGGCGGCCCGCGGCGGGGCGAGGGAGCGGCCGGACGCGGUGCAGCUGGACCGGCUGCUGGGAGAGCGCGUGCGCAAGGAGCUGCGGGGCCUGCGGCUGCUCACCCAGUACGGCCUCAACCCGCUCCGACGCGUUCACACGGUCACCAAGAAGCCUAUGUCGUGGCACGACAACAUAGAAGAGCCUGCAGAUGAAAAGUUUCUGAAUGUUAUUCACCAUGCUGCCCUGGAGCCAACAAAGAAAUAUUCAGAGCCACAAACUGAAAGCCAGGAAAUAGGCUGGAACACAACUCCUUUGAUUGACGUAGACCGCACCGAUCGCAGACUCUACUUCCCACGUCGGAAAACAGAGAUCACUAAACUAGGCAGCUGCCGUGUGGCACCUUGAAGGAACAGAAUGAGAAGUUGCAGCAGGAGAAUGGCAAAGCCACACAACGUAGACUGAGGCAGUUAAUGACGUAUAAUGUAUUAGACUCUGUUUGUUAUUAAGUGAAUGUGGUAGAUUUCUGGCACCAGAAGACUGCAAGAAAAUGGAGGAGAGAACCCAUCUGUCCAGAUUUGCAGCCUAACAAUAGUUAUAGAAAUAAACCUAUUAAUAAGACUUUUGCAUUUGUCUUGCUGCUGUUUCCAAGACCAUCUACACAAGUAGUUUAAGAAAACCCUUCAACUUCUUGACAGGCUUCAGACUUCUCAUUUUGACAUGAGCAACUUGACCCAGAAUUCAAGUUCACAAAGUACGUAUCAACAGCAGCUGUUGAAAAAGCUGUCAGGAUGAGGGGAACACAGCGGAUUUCAGCUGCCAUUCACAACAACUAAAUAUGAAUUAGACAUAGGAGUUCGGUGUAAACUAUUUAAUACGUUCACACACCAAAGGUUUACGUAGCAAGCAAUCAUUCAGCAGAACAGACACUAAGAAAUUAGUGAUAAGGCACUAGUUUCCACUGACUUUUUUCUUGCCACUUGGAAGCAUCCAGCUUGCUCCAUAGUUAGCUGCCUGGAAACACCAGAACCACCUUCCAACACACAGAGA